AACAACGUGUGGCGGUUCUGCAGCUGCGGCCCAUUCUUGUGUUUGUGCUAGCGAUUCUCUCAGUUUUCUCCGGCAGCUUAAUUGAGAAUUAUAAUAGGAGCCUUUUUGGCGUACUGUACUGUUUUCGGUAGCUGUGUGCAACGUUGUCGAUUGCCAUCAUGUCUAGUGUGGAAGAUGAGCAGUUGAGUACUGAAACGGAGAAUACGAAGAACAAGCUGAACCCCACCGGGAAGAACAAUGAAACUGAUGAAGACAUCGAGGAAGAUGAAGAAGAAGAAGAGGAGGAGGAGGAUGACGACGACGACGACAAGAAAGAGGAAAGUCUUAUAAUUGAAGGCAAAAGAGAAAAGAAAAAAGUAGAGAGACUGGCAUUCCAGAUGACAAUGCCUGUUAGGGAGCCUCUUUCUGUUGAGGAAGGAAAAGGACAGAAACUUGGUGAAAUAGAGUGGAUAUAUGCAUUAAUAAGCAAAACAAAAACUGAUGAUUUGAGACCCUUGCAUAAACUCCUUUUUAAUCGGCCUGGAAUGGCGGCAAAUGUCAAGAGAAAUAUCCGACUUUUUAGUGGAUUUCCAUUUGAAGAAGGCAGUGACCAAUAUAAAAAGAAACAUGAAGUUCUUAAAAAGUAUAAAAAUGCCAUAUUGAGAACAAUCUGUGGAGUUCUUGGUCUGGAAAAGUCCGGCAAACAUGAGGACAUUGUUAUAAGAAUUUUAAAUUUUCUAAUGGAGCCAAAAGAAUUGAAAAAGUCCUUGCCAAAGUCAAUGAAAAAGCUCCAGAAAGGUGAGAAGAGAAAGAGUGCAUCUGCUGGGUCUGCAAAGAAAUCAAAGUCAAAGGGCAAGAGAUCUGCAGAGAUACUAAUAGAUGAAUCAAGCAGUGAAGAUGAAGAUAAAAGCAAAAAGCGUUCUUCUGAGGAAAGUGAAGAAGAAGUAGUUAAAGAGCCACCAAAAAAGAAAAUAAAGAAAGAAAAAGUACAACCAAAAGGAAAGAAACAGAAUACUAAGCCUUCAAGUGUGAAGAAAGCAGACAGCAGUACCACCAAGAAAGGGCAGAGUAAUACCAAACAAGAAAGUGAAAGUGACAGCUCCGAUGAUGAACCACUUAUCAAAAUGUUGAAAAUACCACCUUCUGAUGAUGAUCUGCGAGCUACAGUAAAAAUGUUGUUAGAAGAUGUCAACCUGGAGGAAGUAACCAUGAAACAAGUUUGCAAGAAAGUCUAUGAAAAGUAUCCAGAUCAUAACCUAACAAACAGAAAAGAAUUUAUUAAAAAGACAGUAAAAGAGUUAAUUUCAUGAUUAAGUACGUGAGCAGUGAUGGACUAAAACAGAAGACUAUUUGUGAUUCUUAAGAGAGAAAUUUAUUAACAGGAAGAAGUUUGUACUUUGUAAUGCUUAAGGUUUUUUGUUUAUUUUUUUAUAAAGAUUUCAUUUUUCUUUUUAUCAGAUAAACAUGUAAAUGGAUUCUGCAUUACCUUCUCUUUGUUUAUUGUCCUCUAUUACUAGUUUAUUGUAUUCUCUAAUACAUAAGCAUGGUUCUGUGGUGAUGUUUUUACAUUGUGAGAAACUUUGUACAUUUAUUUCUGGAACAGUUUGUUUAGUCAUGAAGUUGUUUGUUUGUUUUUCAUAUAUUGCUGGGUUUUGUUCUUCAGUAUUAAGUGCCACUGAAGACUAGUUAAAUGUCUUAUUCAUUGCUAUGAUCAUCUUUCUUUGUUUUAUUUAGUCAGAUCUUUCAUUUUUAGAGCCUAAGGCAAUAUUGUGUGUUUAAAGCCAAAAUGGGGUUGGAAUUCAAUAUGGUUUUUAAAAGCUCUGGGUCAUAUUCUUUAUCAGUAUUUUACAGUGCCAGUUACACAGUAUUCCUUAAAUUCUCAUACUGCAGUCAAUGAGGUUGAUUGAUCAUAUACAGCAUAUCAAUGACCAUUAUUAAAUUUUAUUUAAAGAAUAUUCCAGUACGCUCAUGAUGUAUUUUAAGCAUUCAUGGCAUGUCUACCAAAUAAAAGUCUGUAGACUCAUAGUAUUUUGGCUGUAAAUCGAUAUGUGUACAUAUUGUGAUUUCUGUCACUAUGUAAUAACAUAUGUAAUGCAUUUUUAAUAUGAUGUUUAAAAACUUUGGUGAUCCCUCCUUGCUGAACAAAGUUAUCAACAUGUAUAUGUGAGGGUGCAUAUGCAUAUUUAAUAAAACAUUCCCUUUUUUUUUAAUUAAACUGGACACUUUCUGCACAGCAAUUUUAUAAUUUUCUUGAUUUGUGAAAUUUGAUUAGUGUUUUGGCAAGUCUUAAUCUUUCGGUGUGAAUAGAUGAUAUAUUUUCAAAUGACAGCCAAAUAUCCCCAAAAAACUUGGCUAGUGAACAUGAAGUAAAAUCCUGUGACUAAAACUCAAUUUUAGAAGGAACCUUGUGAUAAGAAAAUGUAUAAUAUAAAAGAACCGAUCAAGAAAGAAAUUAAAGCACAUAUUGUAAAUACUUUAGCUGUGCAGAAUAUGUCGUCAUUGAUUUUUUUUGUACAUGUUUUAUUGGGCAUGGAUUAUUUUACAUGAAAAUUGUGUUUAAUUUUGUAGCUACUAACGUUUUCAGUAAAUGAAAAUUUAUAUAUGCCCAGAAAAUAAGAAUUGAUUAUUUUAAUUCAUAAUUAUGUUUACCUGUCAUUUUUUAGAUUUGUCAUUAUCUUUUAUCUUUGGGCUGAAAUGUAAAUUUCAUUCAGUUUUAAUUUGCUUCAUAAUGAAAGUUACUAAUUAUACCACAAUAGUUUUAGACCAUUUCCUUUUUGUUUCUUUUGUAAAGAAAGUGUUAUGGCAAAAUAAUGUACUUCAGCGUGUUCACAGUCAAGAAAAGCUUUUAAAGAAAAUGUUUUCUGCAAUUUUUUUAAAAUGUUAAAUUCAUUAAAUAUAUUCAGGAGACCAAA